AAUAAAGGUACAAUAAUGAAGCCACAGCUGUUGCUUGUAGUGGUCCUCCUUUGCCUGGUGGGAAUGGUCCCAUCGGCAAAGCCGCCAAAGAAAAAUAUCGAGAUUUGGAUUAGGCCGAAACCUUACCCCGACAGACCACCACCACCUUAUUAGGAUCAGCACAUCCGUACCUGUUCUUGUCACCGUGACAAAUGGUCUCAUCUUGAUUGGAACAAAAGGUGUUCAAAUGAUGAUCAGCUUAAAACCACGUCAUCAUUAGGAAAUAAAUGGCCUAAACAAUUGUAA